GCUCUGCACUGGCGCUGUUUACUGGAAGCCCGCUCCGCGCCGCUUCCACCAAGUGAACACUGUGAGCGGGAUCUCUUCCACAGGCGAGCCGCUGAAACUUGUCUACACACUCAGAGGAGAGCAAGAGAGCAGCGUCGGCGGUUAAAGUAGCGGAGAACGGUGUUUUCCCCCCAACAGACACUGAAAUCCCCACACUGUCCCUCUCAGCCACUCUUUUUUUCACCUAGUGGGUCCCCGAGCUCUGCUACUUGUUUGUUGUCGCCGCUUCGGGAGGCACGAGACAACCGAGAAUAGCCGAGCCGCUCAGAGGCGCGGAUGAGUCAGGACUGAAGCGCACCUUUCUGGCCAUGGAAGUGUGUGUCCGGAGCAGGGGGAUGUACGGGCUGAGAAGGGGACCUGCCAGCCUCUGUCCCAGAUAAGGAGAGCAUGCAUCAGAGCUGCAGACUCAGUCUCUUCGCUGCAGAGGAGUUCCCAUCAGACUGUCUUUCCACUAUCUGACAUUUUUACUUUUCACAUCCCUUCUGACUUCAUUUCAGCGUCGCUGCUUUUUCAAGAAAGGUGACAGGAUCAAUGAUGAGCAUCUCUGAGACCGGUUGGCUUGGACUUUUCUAAUCAGAACCUUUUUACUCGCAACACAAUCCUGCCACAAACCAUCAACCCCGGGCGCCAUGGCAUGCUCCCUGUUGAAACUACAGACCUUCUGCUGGUUUCUCAUCACACUAGCACAAGUGCACUCCACAGAGGGGUUUAGCCGAGCCGCCCUGCCAUUUGGCUUAGUACGGAGAGAGCUGUCUUGUGAGGGUUACCCCAUCGAUCUGCGGUGUCCAGGAAGUGAUGUCAUAAUGAUUGAAAGUGCCAACUAUGGCCGAACGGACGACAAGAUCUGCGACGCUGACCCUUUCCAGAUGGAGAACAUCAACUGCUAUCUUCCAGAUGCCUUCAAGAUCAUGUCACAAAGAUGCAACAAUCGGACACAGUGCAUUGUGAUCACUGGUUCAGAUGUCUUCCCUGACCCCUGCCCAGGAACCUACAAAUACCUGGAGGUCCAGUAUGAGUGCGUGCCCUACAGUCCAUGCCCAAGCAGAAUAGGACCAAGAACACAGAAUGUAUCCUAUCGCGACUGCCCUGUUUUUCUUUGUCCUGGGACUCUGAAAACUGUCGGUGAUCCUUCCUUUCUAUUUGAAGCGGAGCAACAAGCCGGCGCCUGGUGCAGAGACCCGCUGCAAGCUGGCGACAAAAUCUACGUUAUGCCUUGGACUCCUUAUAGGACAGACACUCUCAUUGAGUAUUCCUCUUUUGAUGACUUCCAAAAUGCCCGGCUAACCAUCACCUACAAGCUGCCUCACCGGGUGGAUGGGACCGGAUUUGUGGUCUACGAUGGGGCCGUGUUUUUCAACAAGGAGCGUACCCGCAACAUUGUGAAGUUUGACCUGCGGACUCGAAUCAAAAGUGGUGAGGCGAUCAUCAAUAAUGCCAACUACCACGACACAUCGCCCUACAAGUGGGGUGGCAAAACAGACAUUGACCUGGCCGUAGAUGAGAAUGGGCUGUGGGUGAUCUACGCCACCGAGCAGAACAACGGUAUGAUCGUAAUCAGCCAGUUGAACCCCUACACGCUGCGAUUUGAGGCUACCUGGGACACGACCUAUGAUAAGCGCUCAGCCUCCAAUGCCUUCAUGGUUUGUGGAGUACUGUACGUGGUCCGCUCCACCUAUGAAGACAACGAAAGUGAAGUCAGCAAGAGCAUGAUCGAUUACGUUUACAACACCAAACAGAACCGUGGGGAAUACGUUGAUAUCCACUUUCCCAACCAGUACCAGUACAUUGCAGCUGUGGAUUACAAUCCGCGAGAUAACCAGCUCUAUGUGUGGAAUAAUUUUUACAUCCUGAGAUACACUCUGGAGUUUGGCCCACCUGAUCCAGCACAUGCUCCACCACUUUCAGAAGUCACCACGACCCCUCAGCCUCAGAAAACGACAACCACCACCACAACAACCACGGUGCACUGGGGUGUGGCCAACACGAGCUCCACAACAGGGCUCAAGGACGGCAGCAGGGGAGCGCCCAAGCCUCCUCCUGUGAUUCUGCAGACUACUUCCCCUCCGCCCCUCGAGUCCUUCCCUUUACCCGAGCGCUUCUGCGAGGCCAUCGAGAAAAGAGACAUAAUGUGGCCUCAGACCCAGAGGGGCAUGAUCGUGGAGCGACCUUGCCCCAAGGGAACACGAGGCACAGCCUCUUAUUCAUGUGUCCUUUCCACUGGGGCCUGGCACCCGAAGGGCCCUGAUCUCAGCAACUGUACCUCCCACUGGGUCAACCAAGUUGCCCAAAAGAUCCGCAGCGGUGAGAAUGCCGCUAACCUGGCCAACGAGUUAGCCAAGCACACCAAAGGGCCCAUCUUUGCCGGGGACGUCAGCUCCUCGGUGCGCCUGAUGGAGCAGCUGGUGGACAUCCUGGACGCUCAGCUGCAGGAGCUCCGGCCCAGCGAGAAGGACUCUGCCGGACGGAGCUUCAACAAGCUUCAAAAACGAGAAAGGACAUGCAGGGCAUACAUGAAGGCCAUUGUGGACACGGUAGAUAACCUUCUGCGACCGGAGGCCUUGAAGUCCUGGCACGACAUGAACAGAACGGAGCAGACGCACGCAGCCACCAUGUUACUGGACACUUUGGAGGAGGGGGCGUUUGUCCUCGCCGACAACCUCAUGGAGCCUGCCAUUGUAAAAGUUCCUGCAGACAACAUAAUUCUGGAUGUGUAUGUGCUCAGCACAGAUGGCCAGGUCCAGGAUUUUAAAUUUCCACAGUCCAGCAAGGGCGGUAUCUCAAUCCAGCUGUCGGCAAACACCGUGAAGCUCAACAGUCGGAAUGGAGUUGCCAAGCUGGUUUUUGUGCUCUAUAAAAAUCUGGGCCAGUUCCUCAGCGCUGAAAACACAACCAUCAAGAUGGCCAACGAGGCUUAUGGCAGCAACGUGUCUGUGGCUGUCAACUCUGACAUCAUCGCUGCCUCCAUCAACAAAGAGUCCAGCCGCGUAUUCAUUAACGACCCGGUGAUUUUUACCCUGGAGCACAUCGAUAUUGAGCACUACUUCAACUCCAAUUGCUCCUUCUGGAAUUACUCUGAGAGGAGCAUGAUGGGCCACUGGUCCACCCAAGGGUGCAAACUCCUGGACUCCAAUAAAACCCACACCACUUGCUCCUGCAGCCAUCUCACCAACUUUGCAAUCCUCAUGGCGCACCGUGAAACUUCAAUUCACGACAGAGUGCACGAGCUACUUCUGACGGUCAUCACGCGCGUUGGGAUCGUGGUGUCCCUCGUCUGCCUCACCAUCAGCAUCUUCACCUUCUGCUUCUUCCGGGGCCUGCAGAGCGAUCGCAACACAAUCCACAAGAACUUGUGCAUCAAUCUCUUCAUCGCAGAGUUAAUAUUCCUAAUCGGUAUCGAUAUGACGGAACCCAGGAUUGGAUGUGCCAUCAUCGCGGGAAUCCUCCACUUCUUCUUCCUGGCUUCCUUCUCCUGGAUGUGUCUUGAAGGGGUCCAGCUGUACCUCAUGCUUGUGGAGGUCUUUGAAAGUGAAUACUCUCGGAAGAAGUAUUACUACGUGUCUGGUUACCUCUUCCCUGCCAUCGUGGUCGGUGUCUCCGCAGCGAUCGACUACAGGAGCUACGGGACCAAGAAAGCGUGCUGGCUAAGUGUGGACAAUCAUUUCAUAUGGAGCUUUAUAGGACCUGUCACCUUUAUCAUCAUGCUCAAUCUCAUCUUCCUGGUCAUCACAAUGUACAAAAUGGUGAAGCACUCCACCACCCUGAAACCAGACUCUAGCCGACUGGAGAAUAUAAAAUCCUGGGUCAUGGGAGCGUUUGCUUUGCUGUGUCUGCUCGGACUCACGUGGUCCUUCGGCCUCUUCUUCAUCAACGAGGCCUCGAUUGUCAUGGCUUACCUCUUCACCAUAUUCAACACCUUCCAAGGAAUGUUCAUCUUUAUUUUCCACUGCCUUCUCCAGAAAAAAGUCCGCAAAGAGUACAGCAAGUGCUUCCGCCACACGUACUGCUGCGGAGGGCUUCCGACUGAGAGCUCCCACAGCUCUGCGAAGACCUCCACCACCCGGACCAGCGCUCGCUACUCCUCUGGUACCCAGAGUCGUAUCAGGAGAAUGUGGAAUGACACCGUAAGAAAGCAAUCUGAGUCCUCCUUUAUCUCAGGUGACAUCAACAGCACCUCCACCCUUAACCAAGGAAUGACCGGGAAUUAUCUACUAACAAAUCCUCUUCUUCGACCACAAGGCACUAACAACCCUUAUAACACCUUACUGGCUGAGACAGUCGUAUGUAACACCCCCACGGCUCCAGUGUUUAACUCGCCAGUGACCUACAGAGAGACAAGGCACUCACUGAACCACGUGGUGAGGGAUACAAGUGCAAUGGAUACACUACCGCUAAAUGGUAACUUUAACAAUAGCUACUCGCUGCGCAAUGGGGACUUUGGCAACAGUGUGCAGGUAGUGGACUGCGGCCUUAGUCUGGACGAUGCUGCCUUCGAGAAAAUGAUCAUCUCUGAGCUAGUACACAACAACCUGCGUGCCUGUAACAAAAUCCACCAUCAGCAACAGCAGCAGCACCACAGUUUACACCACCCACCCCACCACCAGCAGCCCCCGCAGUACCACCAUCACCACCACACGGAGCGGGCUCCGCCCAAGGUGACGGUGGUAGGCGGCAGCAGCAGCGAAGACGACGCCAUCGUGGCCGACGCUUCGUCUCUGGUGCACGUGGGCGAGGUGGGCCUCGAGCUGCACCAUCAGCUGGAGGCUCCGCUCAUCCCCCAGCGGACUCACUCGCUUCUGUACGCUCCCCAGAAGAAAGUGAGGACGGAUGGGGAAGUGGAAACCUUUGUCAGCGAGCUGACCCCCACCGACCCCGACGACAGUCUGCAGUCCCCCAACAGAGACUCCUUGUACACUAGUAUGCCUAAUCUGAGAGACUCUCCGAACGCCGAGAGCAGCCCUGACGUGUUGGAGGACCUGUCCCCCUGCAAGGGGAGCGAGAACGAGGACGUUUAUUACAAGAGCAUGCCCAACUUAGGGUCCGGCCACCAGCUCCAAGCCUAUUACCAGAUAGGCCGAGGGGGCAGCGAUGGUUACAUUAUUCCUAUUACUAAAGAUGGGGGCAUCCCUGAGGGCGAUGUACGGGAAGGACAGAUGCAGUUAGUGACAAGCCUUUAAAUGUAUUUAAAUCAUCCCCAAAUCUCUUCAUGCCCUUUAGCAGUCCUGUCCUCUCUAAUGAAGUGAAGGGAAUUGUUUGUUUUAUUUUUGAAGAGAGCGUAGAAGCCCCAUCAUACACACUCUCCAUUUACAAACAUCCUCCUCGAGCUGCAUUGCCAUCUCCUCCUCCCCAAACACGCCACUCCCGCCCGCCCCCCUCCCUGCAGACCUACAGACUUGGUGCACAGUGAUGGCAGUGCAAAGUUUUAAUGAGACUGUACAUAAAUUGCAGAGAUCAAUUUUAAGAGACAAGCCAACUAUGUAUUUAAAUGUGCUGCUGCUGUUAAAUAAUUGAGACAAAUUUAAGGUACGAAAAUAAAAAAAAUAAAUAAAAAAAAAGCAUUACUGGCUACAUCAUAUCAGCAAUUUCCUGUUCAAAAGGUUGUACAUACACUCCCCAACAUCCCCGUUGAAGCCUGUUUUUUUUUUAUUAUGUAAACAAUACAACACCCUGGACCAGGAUGUGGACUCAAUGUUCCUGAUCAGACUGUUGGAAAAGGAAUAUAAGGUCCUGCGUCGCUCUCCUUCACCAUGAAGUUGGAUUGUAUAACCACUAGCAAUCAAGCCCCUGGCCUUAUAUUUUCUCAACUGUACAUUGAACUGUUGUCAAGGAAAAUGGCUAAAAUAUAUAUUUUGUUGUAUUGCUAGUGUAAAAUAAAAAAUCAUGGGAAAGCGUAAAUAUGAAGAAAACUUUUAAUUGCAAAUUUUAACGUUUGAGAAACUAUUGUGUAGAAGUUGCACAUAUGAUAUACAGUGUGUUUAUGGUUCCAACACUUCAUUCAUGGUAGUAUGUUUGAACGUCAAGGCUUAUAAAAAGAAAGGAAGAUUCAACAAAUUACAAAGAUGCAUUCUCACUUUUUCCCACUUGUGAACAGUGUUUUUUGCUUAAUGAGUUCCAUUGAUAUCGCCCAUCAAAAUAUGUCUAUUUAAUUUUUGCCAAAGUGGCAUUACUUCAGUAGUAUGGGGAUGCAAACACCCAGGUAAAGUGAUUUAUUAAUUGCACAUUUUGGUGUAAUUCUGAAUGAAAUAGAUCUUUUUUUGUGGUAGAUUGAUGGGCAAGCGCAACUGAAUUGAAACCGACUUUUGACAAUAAAGUUUCUAUCAUAAACGUAGUUGUUCCGCCUGGGUUUGGACAUUUUAUUUAUUAAAAUCUUUCCAAAAAAUGAAUGGGAAAUGUGUAAAUAUUUCCCAGCACUGGUAAACAUGCUGUACUGUAGCUCAUGUUUUUUUAUGUAAACAUGUUACCAAGGGGCUCAUCACUUAAGACUGAUGUAAAGUUCAACACUUGUAUAACAAAUAAAAUAAAUGUGAGAUUUUUGGUCAAAUGCCAGUUGCUUUUUAAUGUUUUGUGUUUUUGGUACUAUUUGAGUUAACAGGUUUUAAUUAUUUUAGCUAUGGACAAAAUACACUUUUGACUCAGGUUAUAAGUAAGUCCCAAGCACCUUGAACGAUUUAUUUUCUGUUCUGCUUUUUUCCUCAACCGCUGCAGUAGAGAGAGCUCAUUUCAAAGUCUGUGUUAGAGAAGCCAAAUCUUUCCAUGUGAUUCAAAGAUGAGAAACUCAGGUAGGAAAAUUGCAUUGUAAAUGUUCCUCUGUGUGGUUGUAACACUAAUAAAGG